AUGACAAAAUAUGCUUCUGGUUCAGGUGAAGUGAAGGACAUGGCCUUGCACCCUGCCUACACUGUCACAAACAUCCAGACAAAGAUCCGAACAUUGGAUGGCUCUAAAGUCACAUACUCGUCCUGGAAAAAGUUGUUUCCUCUUUACGCCAAGGCUUACAAGGUUCUCGAUCACAUUAAUGACACUCCUGAACCAGUUGACACCAAUCCCGGGUACCUCCAAUGGGCUGAAAUCGAUGCACUUGUCCUUCAAUGGAUAUACAACACCUUGUCUGAUGAAUUAAUGGUCUGCAUCUUAGAGACUGAUACCACUGCCCAAGCCGCUUGGAAUAAACUCAAAUCAACUUUUCUCAACAACAAAGGGUCAUGUGCAGCAGCCCUUGAACAGGAAUUCACAAGUCUUACCUUGGGAGCAUGUUUAUCAAUGGAAUCUUAUUGCCAAAACUUAAAGAUCUUGUUGAUCAUCUUAGAGAUGUUGAGAACCCAGUCACUCAGUCUAGACUGGUCUUACAAAUGA